CAAAGAGUUCGACAAAAAAAUAUUUUGCGUCAAUUUCAAAGAAAAAUAAUUGAGGACAUAAACGACAAAGGAACUUUUUUGGAAGAUAAAACAGAGGAAAAUAAAGAAAUUCAAAGGGAAUUUGAUGAACAAAAUUCAGUAGAUUUUUACAAAGAACUAGAGAAUUAUCAAUCAAAAGAUAAACAUAAUAGAAGUUGGGGAUUUAUUUUUAGGUCUUAUUAUUGGAAAAAAAUCACCGCAAAUGAAAACUUGACCAACGAAAUAAAAAAGCGUUUAAAGAAAGAUAUCUUAAAAUACAGCGUGGAACAUUUAGCCCCCCAAACUUCUCGAAAAGGAGAAAAUAGAUUAGAAACAAUUAUAAACAGUUUGGGGAAUAUUACUUUGUUAAGGAAAACUGACAACUCUACUCUUUCUAACAAAGAUUGA